UGUCAAUGUCAAAUUUAGAAUUGUUUCGUGGUGAGAGGAGACACGGACACGUUCAAAAUAAAUUUUAUUUUAUUUUCUAAAUUGUAUCUAUUUAACUAGUCAAAGAGAAAACGUGCAUUUAAUUGUGUAGUUAUGUUUUAGUAUGAAAAUGGCAAUAUACUUGAGAUGUAUCGUAAUAAUAACGGUGACAUGGCAGGUAGCGGUCGUCUCCUCUCAUGAUCACCUUUUGGAAGGUAUUUACUGUGGGAAAACUAACUGUUAUGAAGUGCUCGGUGUAACCAGAGAAGCAACCAAAAAUGAGAUCGCCAGGAGCUACCGUCAGCUCGCUAAAAAGCAUCAUCCAGACUUGCAUAGAACUCCCGAGUCUAAGAAGGAAGCGGAGGAAAAAUUUAAGGAAAUCGCGACGGCGUACGAGAUUUUGCGUGAUGACGAAGAGAGAGCCGACUACGACUACAUGUUGGACAAUCCUCAGGAGUACUACGCUCAUUACUACAGGUACUACAGACGGCGCAUGGCGCCGAAGGUGGACGUUCGAAUAGUCAUUGCAGUCACAAUAACUAUAAUAUCCGUAAUUCAGUAUUACAGUGCUUGGUCGAAGUAUGAUACUGCUAUAAAAUACUUUAUGACUGUCCCUAAGUAUCGGAAUAAAGCUUUAGAGAUUGCAAAAGCAGAGAUCAAAGAGCAACAAGGAAAGAAGAACAAGAAAAGUAAAGCUGAACAGAAGGAAGAGCAGGAUAGAAUAAUCCGAAGGGUUAUUGAAGAGAACAUGGAUAUAAAGGGAGCUUACGCUAAGCCAGAGAUUGUAGACAUAUUGUGGAUUCAGUUGAUCAUACUGCCAUAUACUAUUGUAGUGUACAUUUAUUGGUAUUUACGGUGGUUCUGGAAGUUCACUCUGCUAAAACAACCAUACGGCGAGGAAGAAAAAAUGUAUUUAAUUAGGAAGUAUAUGAAAUUAGGAAAGCAUCAGUUUGAUGCUUUAGAGGACAAGGAGAAACAAGAGUUCUUGGAAGAGGAAUUGUGGGUAAAAGAGAACUUUAAAGCUUGGAAAGAAGUGAAAGAUGAGGAGGCCAAGAAAGCUUUAGCAGAAAAUAACAAAUACAAACAAUACCGGAGGUAUAUAAAACAGCAUGGUGUUGGUCGAAUGACUUUUGAUGACUCGUGAUAACUUACAGAACAUUCUUAUUUAUUGCAAAUCUUACAACAGUGACAGUUGUUAAGCCUUCUACUCAAAUUGUGUACAUAUUUAUAAUUGUUAUAUUAUGACCAAAAAUAUAUUUUUCUGGUAACAAUUCAUUGUCUAGUUUAUAUGAGCUUGAUUAAUAAAUUAUAUGAAAAAUUAAGUGUUAAUCAUUUCUUAGGAAGAGGCUUAUAAUUUUAGCCUAAAAUAUUAAGUUCAUGUAAUCUAGGCAAAAGGUUAAAACAAUAAAAAAAAGUUUUACACAAUUAGUUACUUUAU